CAAAAGACAACAACAACAAAAAACAUACUUAUGCAGACAUCCAAAUAAGAGAGGAAAGAACUAGAGAGAUAUCUCAUGUAAAAAUACCUUUAUUAUUAUUUUAAGAGUAACAAUAUUACAAAUAAUUAUUCUUGUUGUUGUAUGAUUUUUUGCUGUAAGUGAAUUUAAAAAAAACAAUUCAAGAAAAAAAGCUGAAGAAGGCGCUUGUGUAGUUGAAAUAACUGACAGAGAGAAAGAGAAAAAAAUAAAGAGAAAGAGAGAAGACUAAAAAGGAAAAACUAUCGACACUGAACACAUAUACAUAGAAAUAAAUAAGUGGUAUGUGUGUGCUGUGUGUGUAGAGACUAGGAAAAGUGUGUCUGAUGAUAGUGGCAGACCGUGGUGGCUGGUGACUGGUGACGAUACGAACGCGCAGGCGGGCGGUGAUUCAGGUGAUUAUCUAUAUUCAGAUUCAUUUAUCCGUUUAUUCACAAGAGAAAAUUAAAGUCAACUAGACUCUUGAACAAGAUAGUAGUUGUGUGUAACAUUUAAAUGACCAAGUGUUUUUUAAAUUAUUUAUUAAAAAAAAUGUGAGUGAAGUUGAUGAUAACUUAUUUUAUAUAUGUAUAUGUAUAUAGAAAAUUGUUAUUGGAUGGUGUUUAAUAUAUAUGUAUAAUAUAUAUGAGCUAAAGACCGACCGACAAGCAUUUCCAGCAGCAGCAGCAGCAGCAGCAGUGUGAGCAGUAGUGAGCAAUAGUGAACAGCAGCAUCACAGCACGAGUUUUUCAGUAGACAGAAACUGACAAGAGUUGUUGCCAGUUUAAUAUAAAUUCAAAUUUUUUUUUUUUAUUUUCCUUUUUUCUUUUGAAUUUUAGUUGUUUUACUGUAGUGGAUGACACGUAGUGCCGAAAUCAAAUGAAUAUAUUUCUAUCCUGGGUAUCUUGUAAUUCGGUGGAUGAGUGAGUCAUACUUAAAACACACAACUAAGUGCUCCUGAGGGUGGAAUUUAACGCACAGUUAUUGCAAUAACGAGUAACGACAUUGACCUAUUCUUAACACCACUGUACCAAUCUUUUAUUCUCUGUUUCGAUAACUUCCAAAGGAUACUACAUCACAAUAAUCACUUGGCUCCUUAUUUUAUUUUUCUUGCCAAUUUAUUUGCCGUAAAAAAAAGGAAAAAAAGAAAAAAAAUAAAGAGUCAUCCAAUUGAUUCUUCCAAAAUUUUAUUUUUAUAUUUUUAAUAAACCAAGUUGUAGGAAUAUUAAAUAUAAAAUUACUCCAUUUAUGGAUUAUUAUGGAAUUAGUUUAAAAUAUACAUAUAGAUAGAAGAAGAAGAAGAAGAAGAAGAAGAAAAAAUAAAGAUAAUAUUAUUAAAAAUACACAAGUGUAUUUACCACUUGUCCUUUCAACCAGUCGACUGUGAUCUCAAAAAAUUGUGAUUCCACCUGAUAACUUAAAAGGUGGUGGUACCUACACUUAUACACUGGUUUUACAGUGUACCAGUUGCUUAACAAUAGCCUUUUAUUAUUUUUAAAACUUAUUAUUAUGUGUCAUCAGAACCGAUAACAUACAACCUAACACAUUCAUAUAGAUACAUCCAUCGGAUUAUUAUUAAUUAUUUUAAAAUGAUGAUAAAUACGUCCAGUAAUUAGUAUAACCAGUAUAAUAAUAAUAGUAAUAAAAAGGACAGUAUUUAAAGCCACUGAAGCUUUAAUAAACUCGUGCCUAAUAAUCGACAGAUAAAAAAAACAGACUGAAAAAAAAAAAAAAAAAUAAUCAGCAUGUCAGAUGAAGAAGAUAAACCACCUGCACCUCCCGUCAGACUCACUUCAAACAGAAGUGAAUCGACACCAAAUUUACCGGUGGAUAUGCGGCCACUACCAAAAGAGCCUGAUUCGGAUGAACGUAAAAAGAAAACAUUAAAAGGAAAAAUGAAGGUUAAAGAGAGCAAGGAUAAACCAAACAUCAGCUAUCCAACGAAUUUCGAGCACACUGUUCAUGUUGGAUUUGAUGCUGUUACCGGUGAAUUUACGGGAAUGCCGGAAGCAUGGGCAAGACUCCUCAUGUCAAGCAACAUCAGCAAACAAGAACAAAAGAAGAAUCCUCAAGCAGUAUUGGAUGUUUUAAAUUGGUAUGACAACAGCAGUAAGGAAGUUAAAGGAUCCAAGUAUAUGACAACUACUAAAAUGGUUGGCAAUGCCGCACCUAUAGAAAGAGCAAGUAGCCCACGUAGUAUGGGAACAGGAAUAAGUAUUGGAAUUGGAAAUGUGCGUGGGCAAGCAAUGUCUCAAGCAUCUGGUAGUUCACAUUCACAACAAUCUCUAAGCAGAGUUAGUAGCAGUAGUCCUAGUAGUACUCCUACAGAUGCUUGUGCAACUAGUUCCGAACAAGAAGAUGAACCACCGCCUCCGCCAAUCUCUGCAAGACCGGAACGCACCAAAUCUAUUUAUACUAAACCAAUUGAAGAAGAACCAGUUUUACCACCACCUUUACCAUCAUUGGAAUCUCCUCAACGAAAUGGUACACCGCAGUCUCAGCAUCAAUCACAACUUGACAAAAACAAAAAUCAAGCAACACCGACAUCAACUACAACAGAUCAAUCGAGGAUCGGUCAAAAUGAUAAAGCACGAAAGAAAAAAAUGUCUGAUGAUGAAAUAUUAGAAAAGUUAAGAACAAUUGUCAGUGUUGGUGAUCCUAAUAGAAAGUAUACUAAAAUGGAAAAAAUUGGACAAGGGGCAUCGGGUACUGUUUAUACGGCAAUAGAAACUUCAACGGGAAUGGAAGUGGCAAUAAAACAAAUGAAUCUUUCACAACAGCCAAAGAAAGAGCUAAUUAUAAAUGAAAUUUUGGUAAUGCGGGAAAACAAACAUCCAAAUGUUGUAAACUAUCUCGAUAGUUAUCUUGUUGGCGAAGAACUGUGGGUAGUAAUGGAGUAUUUACCAGGUGGUAGUUUGACGGAUGUUGUAACUGAAACUUGUAUGGAUGAAGGACAAAUAGCUGCUGUAUGUAGAGAAGUUUUGCAAGCGCUUGAAUUUUUACACUGUAAUCAAGUUAUUCAUAGGGAUAUUAAGUCUGAUAAUAUAUUACUUGGAUUGGACGGUGGAGUUAAACUCACGGACUUUGGUUUUUGCGCUCAAAUAUCACCUGAACAAAGUAAAAGAACAACAAUGGUUGGAACACCUUACUGGAUGGCACCAGAAGUUGUUACUCGAAAACACUAUGGACCCAAGGUUGAUAUAUGGUCGUUGGGUAUAAUGGCAAUAGAAAUGAUUGAAGGAGAACCACCGUAUUUAAACGAAAAUCCUCUACGAGCACUGUAUUUAAUUGCAACGAAUGGAAAACCAGAAAUUAAAGAGAAAGAAAAAUUAUCGAGUAUUUUCCAAGACUUUUUGGAUCAGUGUCUGGAAGUUGAAGUCGAAAAACGCUCUGGAGCUUCUGAAUUACUCAAGCAUCCUUUCUUAAAAUUAGCAAGGCCACUUGCUUCGUUAACACCUUUAAUAAUGGCAGCCAAAGAGGCGACUAAAGGACAUUAGGUAAAAUUAAACAUCUAUUGCGAAAAAAAUAAUAAUAAUAAUUCACCCUCCCAAAACGGUAACGGCACAAUAAUUCAAUUUAAUAAUAAUAAUAAUAAUAAUAAUGAUUAUUAUUAUUGUUAUAAUCAUAGGAAAUAGUUAGUUGCAAGUUCGGUACCGUAACAGUAUCGAAAAUAAAAUGACUUUUUGAGUCAAUAACAAUACGAGUAAUCCUCAUGUGAUAUGUGAGUUUAUUUCGUAUUAAACCUGACUAGUAGAGAAUGAUCUGAUGAAAAAAAAAAAAAAUAAUGAUUUACAAGAGCUUGUAAGUAAUAAAUUAUUACGUCUUCCGGGUUUAAAAAGUAAAAAUAAAAAAAUAAAAGAAAAGAAAAAAAAAUAAAUAAAAGACUUGACGGUUAUUUACAAUGACGAUUUUUUAUUACUUUCGAGGGCUUAGUAAAUUAAUGUCAGUUAUUUUCUAUAUAUGUUAAACUAGUAUUACUGAUUCUCAAAUUAAUAAUGAGUUAGCUACAAAAAUUAUAAAUAAAUAAUUAAGUAAGUAAACUUACAGCUAAAAUUUUGUUAGACUAUCUAUAUAAUAAUAAAAGCCAUAAGCAAAUACAACACAGGUUAUUAUAUAGAACAAAAUAAAUAAUAAACAUUUAUGACUAAUCUUAUAUAUAUAUAUAUUAAUCGAGAAUCAUAUAGCAAAAACAAAAAUUUGUCUUCACCUUGGACUUAUAUUUUUGAGAAUAAAAUUGAAAAUAAAAAAAGUUAAAGAAAGAUUUUUAAAAAUAAAUAAAUAAAAACAUAUUUAUUAUUUUUUAUUAAAAACACUAUAGUGUUGUACAGUAGCCCAAGUAUAUUAAUUUAAGGGUUUUAAAAUUUCACUGAUCUUUAUAAUAAUAACGAAAUAAAAAAAAGAAAAAGAAAAAAAAUUGAAAAAAAAAUAUAUAAAAUAAAAAAAAAUUACUCAUAAAAAAUAUUUUAAGCUGCUUUAUCAAUAUCAAUAAUGUUUAAUUGGCAUAUCGCUUUUAAUCAGAUGUAAUAUAAGUUUAAAAAUUUUAUUAGCUAUAUAAAUAUUAAUCAUUUUUGACGUAUAUAUUAUUAUUAUUAUUAUUAUUAAAAAGAAGAGAAAAAAACGUAAAUAUAAUACGUAGCAAUUUAUUAACUCAUGGUAUUUUAAAAUUAUUAAAUUUUUAUAAAAAAUUAGUUUGCUUAUUAAAUAUAUUGUUAAUUGAAUUAAUUUAAAAUAUAUGAGGCUCAGUAAAUUGUUAGCCAUUAUUAAAUAUAUUCCGUUAUUGAGAAUAUUAUUUAAUGGUUUGUCAGUCAGAGCGUAAACGAUAAAUAAAAUAAACGAUCGAGGAAAUUUUAAGACAAGGCUGGGGACGUUGUGAAAAAUUGUGUGACACUUUAAAGUGCCUGUGCGUCUUGUCAUGUUUUAGAGAGGUAUGUAUGAAAAUAUUAUUGCGGUAGUGGAUUUUUAAAAAUAAUAUUAUUUCAGUUUAAGACUCCGAAAUAUAUGUAAUUAAAUAAUACAAUUAAAAUAUAAUCGAAUUUUUUAUACGUGUACAAUAUUUUGGAAAUUGUGAAAUUGUUGUAUGAGAAUAAUAUGGGCCAUUUUAGUACAUAUUAUAUUAUAUUAUAGUUUAGAACAGAUUCGAUAUAUAUAUAUAUAUACAAUAUAGAUUUAUUAUUACAGUCGAUUACCCGUCAUAAGCCUGCCCUCCAUAAGCUUCUUCCCCUCGCUCUUUUCAUACCAGAUAGCUCAUUAUAUACCUCCGUUAAAAUUGUCAAUGAUUAUAAAUCAAGAAUACGAAAAAAUAGGCAAAUUAAUGAUGAAAAUUUACUUUCUAUGUUUCACAAACUGAAUCGUUUACAUUUAAAGCUUCUGCUACAGAUUUAUGACGGGUAGUUGACUGCAUUUUUUGUUUUAAUUGUAAUUUUUUUUUUUUUUUUUUUUUUUUUUUUUGAGUAUAAUAUAAAGCUAGUAUACAAGUAUUAAAAUUAUUGAACAAAAUCAGGAAAACAAAUAUACAUAUAUUAUUAUCGAUAGAGUUUCUAAACUCUUAUUAUGUUGAUGACAGUAUUUCAGAGUUGAUAAUGCUCACAUAAUUUUAUACAAUAUUCGCGGCAAAAUUAAUCUAAAAUUUUAUUCUGUACUGUUUGAAUAAUUAUCAGACAAACUGAUCAUAGUUACAAAAGUUUAUUUUUAAUUAUUAAUCUAUUAGUAUGAAAUUCCAGUAGAAUCAACAAAAAUAUGAGACUAUGCAUUUUUAAAAAUAUUUCGAGCAUUUAAGACCUGAAAUAUUUUAAGACAAAUAAUUAAUUUCGAGCAUUUUUUCAUGACAGUAAUAAUUAUUCCGAUAUUUAAAUAAAAUCCAUUUAAUUUUAUUAUCUGAAUUUUUUUUUCUUUCUAUAUAUUUAUAUAUUAUAAAUGUUUUAAUUGUAAAUUAUUUGUAAAAUCUUGAUGUUUAUGAAAAUGCUCAGAAAAUUACUCCAUGGAAUAACAUGGAGGCAGCAGGCCUAGCGACAGAAUUAUACAAUUCGAUUGAUGGUGUCUCAUAUAUGUCUCACUCACAAAAUAUACGAAAGUUGUUUUUAUUAUUAUAAAGUUAAAUUUUUACAACGGAGUAAUAUUAAUAAUAAUAAUUAUCCUGAUAAUAAUAAUAAUAGUUAUUGUAAUAAUUAUAAUCAUUGAACGCGUUACGAUAUGGACAACAAUAAAAAACACUUUUAUUUUAGUGGAGUCAAUUUUGUAAGCGAUACCAUUUUUUUUUUAUUUUUUUAAUUUUUUUUUUACCGACAAGGAGGAAUAGGAAGAUGACAAAAAAUUGUAAUGAAUUAAAUAAUUAAUUGUAAAAUAAAAAAAAAUAUGCCUAGUGGUUUGCGUAUAUAUAUUAUAUAUAUUGUACUGUAAUUUACGUUUUUUUUCAACGUUAAAAUAAAAAAAA